GCGGGGCGGCAGUUGAGAGCGGAGCAGCGAGUCCGGCAGUCUGGUCUGAGCUAUCGCAUCCCGGAGUCCAUCUCAUCGCCGCCACCCGGCCCGAGCUCAUCCUCGCUUCCGAAGCUCUCGCGCGCCCGACAGCUCGUCCCUCGCCAGCGACCAACAUCAUGUGUGGUAUAUUUGCUUAUUUAAAUUACCAUGUUCCUCGAACAAGACGAGAAAUCUUGGAGACACUAAUCAAAGGCCUUCAGAGAUUGGAGUACAGAGGAUAUGAUUCUGCUGGUGUGGGACUUGACGGAGGCAAUGACAAAGACUGGGAAGCCAACGCCUGCAAAAUCCAGCUCAUCAAGAAGAAAGGAAAAGUUAAGGCUCUGGAUGAAGAAGUUCACAAACAACAAGAUAUGGACUUGGAUAUAGAAUUUGAUGUGCAUCUUGGAAUAGCUCAUACCCGUUGGGCAACACAUGGAGAACCUAGCCCUGUCAAUAGUCACCCCCAGCGCUCUGAUAAAAAUAACGAAUUCAUCGUUAUUCAUAAUGGAAUCAUCACCAACUACAAAGACUUGAAAAAGUUUCUGGAAAGCAAAGGCUAUGACUUUGAAUCUGAAACAGACACAGAGACCAUCGCCAAGCUAGUCAAGUACAUGUAUGACAACUGGGAAAGCCAGGACGUCAGCUUUACUACCUUGGUGGAGAGAGUUAUCCAGCAAUUGGAAGGCGCCUUUGCUCUUGUGUUUAAAAGUGUCCAUUUUCCCGGGCAAGCAGUUGGCACAAGGCGAGGUAGCCCUCUCUUGAUUGGUGUGCGGAGCGAGCAUAAGCUUUCUACAGAUCACAUUCCGAUUCUGUACAGAACAGGCAAAGACAAGAAAGGAAGCUGUGGUCUUUCCCGUGUGGACAGCACGACAUGCCUUUUCCCUGUUGAGGAAAAGGCGGUUGAAUAUUACUUUGCUUCUGAUGCAAGUGCCGUGAUAGAGCACACCAAUCGUGUCAUCUUUCUGGAGGAUGAUGAUGUUGCAGCCGUGGUGGACGGCCGUCUCUCGAUCCACCGAAUUAAACGGACUGCAGGGGACCACCCUGGCCGAGCAGUGCAAACCCUCCAGAUGGAACUCCAGCAGAUCAUGAAGGGCAACUUUAGUUCAUUUAUGCAGAAGGAAAUUUUUGAGCAGCCAGAAUCUGUUGUGAACACAAUGAGAGGAAGAGUCAAUUUUGAUGACUACACUGUGAACUUGGGAGGUCUGAAGGACCACAUUAAGGAGAUCCAGCGGUGUCGCCGGUUGAUUCUGAUUGCCUGUGGCACAAGUUACCACGCUGGUAUGGCAACCCGUCAGGUCCUAGAGGAGCUGACAGAGUUACCAGUGAUGGUGGAGCUUGCCAGCGACUUCUUGGAUAGAAACACUCCAGUCUUCCGAGAUGAUGUUUGCUUUUUCAUCAGUCAAUCAGGCGAGACAGCUGACACCCUGAUGGGUCUUCGCUACUGUAAGGAGAGAGGAGCCUUAACUGUGGGGAUCACAAAUACUGUCGGCAGUUCGAUAUCACGGGAGACAGAUUGUGGGGUUCAUAUCAAUGCUGGUCCUGAGAUCGGCGUGGCCAGUACAAAGGCUUACACCAGCCAGUUCGUGUCCCUUGUGAUGUUUGCCCUCAUGAUGUGUGAUGACAGGAUCUCCAUGCAAGAGAGACGCAAAGAGAUCAUGCUGGGACUGAAGCGACUGCCAGACUUGAUUAAGGAAGUGUUGAGCAUGGAUGAUGAAAUUCAGAAGUUGGCGACAGAGCUUUACCACCAGAAGUCAGUUCUGAUAAUGGGCCGAGGCUAUCAUUAUGCUACAUGUCUUGAAGGAGCCCUGAAAAUCAAGGAGAUUACAUAUAUGCAUUCUGAAGGCAUCCUUGCUGGUGAGCUAAAACACGGCCCUCUGGCCUUGGUGGAUAAGUUGAUGCCUGUCAUCAUGAUCAUCAUGCGAGACCACACCUACGCCAAGUGCCAGAAUGCUCUUCAGCAAGUCGUUGCGCGGCAGGGGCGUCCAGUCGUGAUCUGUGAUAAGGAGGAUACUGAGACCAUUAAGAAUACAAAAAGGACAAUCAAGGUGCCCCACUCAGUGGACUGCUUGCAGGGCAUUCUCAGCGUGAUCCCCUUACAACUGCUGGCCUUCCAUCUGGCUGUGCUGAGAGGCUAUGAUGUCGAUUUCCCACGGAAUCUUGCCAAAUCUGUAACCGUAGAGUAAAAGACACCCGAAACUUAAGACAGCUAAGCAACACAAGAUACCUUUUGUAUUUAAAUUUUUGAUUUAAAAUAUUGCCUCCUGAAAGCCUUUUUUAGUAAAUCUUAUUUAUAUAUCAGUUAUAAUGUUCCCACUCAACUAAUGAUUUUCGUGCAAUUGCCUCAUUUUCAUUAAUACAUGGGGAGCUUGAUUUAUAGACUUUAAAUCUAAGCCUAAAAUCAGAGAGCUGUAGUUUGUUUAAAAACUGGAAUGGAUUGAUUUCUGGGUCCUCCACUUCGAUCAAGGAGGCUCGUCGAGUGUUUGAGGUGCUUGGUGUUUGCUUUAGCAUAACUUGACUCAGUCAGACUGAGGAAGACCAGUGCAUAGCAUACAGUCGGAAUGCUCCAAGUCUGUGCGUGCCAGCGCUGGACAGCCACCGAAGGCUUUGCUGCACUGUCUAUAAAUAGAAGAUGGCCGUAGGUUAUUUUGAAGCUUGUUUCUGUUUUAUUUUUAAAUCAAACUGUACACCAAAAAAACCUUGAUGAGAUUUAUAUCUAAGUGUAGUUAAAUUAGUUCAGACACAUCUGCCAUCUCUGUAGAUAGUGCAUUUGGUCCUCCACAGCUGCAUAGAAGACCUUUGGAGUUGGGCAAAUUUGUACCAUCAGACACUGACGUCUGGCUGGACAUGUGGAGAGAGGACACGGGGAUCCUUCUCUGUACUCCUUCCUCGCCUAAGCGUAGUUCGCAUUUUCUUGCAGUUGUAG